GAGAAAAAGUGGAUUGAUUUAGGAAAGAGUUGCACCACCUGCAGUAUAGUUCUUGCAAACAGAGAUUAAUGUAAUUUACUAACGAAGCAGUGUCUCCUACAAUAAUCAAAAUACUGUAGUAAUGAAAUAGUUCAUAUAAUUUCAAUGGAUUAAUAUUAUAAUAUGUAUUAUUUUUCAUAGCGGUAACUUCCGGACCGAGAAGAACAGCAUAGCUCCGCCCCCUUCGGUCCCUAUUCCCCUCCAUCAGUUUUUUUUUCUGCGGACAGGAUGUGCCACCCGGAAGUAUCUGAUGGAUGAUGUUGGCGAUUACAACGCAAUGGUUUGUUCGUCCAUUGCGGCCGUGCCUGGCGUUCGCUGCAGCGAGAGCCCGAGGAUGUGAGGCUGUCUGAAUCCUGCAGCAUGAAGAGGACAAGCGCCUGAGCGGCGGCGGCUCGUCCGGGAUCUCGGUGGAGGCAGUGUGAUUUCGGCAGGAUGCUCCGGCUGUUCGCGGCUCUGGUGAUUGUGGGGCUGCUGCUCGCGUGCUUCACUUCCUGGCUCUUUGACAGCUAUGACAGCGCCUGGCACCCGAAGCAAAGAUUACAUCAGUCCAGAAAGACUGGCCCACCGAGUCCCAGCGGCCAGCUGGACAAUAUAUUUUGGUUUGUGCAGGUUUCCGACAUCCAUAUCAGUCGUUUCCACGAUCCGAAGCGCAUUCCAGACUUCGAAAGGUUCUGUAGAGACACCAUUGAUGUGAUAAAACCCGAACUAGUGCUGGCCACAGGAGACUUAACAGAUGCCAAGACUGAGAGUAAAAGGCACUCUCUUCAACAUGAAGUGGAGUGGCAGGCCUACCACAACGUCCUUAAAAGAUCACGAGUGCAGGAACGAACAAAAUGGAUUGACAUUCGGGGAAACCAUGAUGCCUUUAAUAUUAUUUCACUGGAGAGCGUGAACAAUUAUUACAGGAAAUACUCUGCCAAUCAGAAAGUUGGAUCCUUCCACUACAUACACAGAACUCCUUUUGGGAACUACUCGUUCAUUUGUGCCGAUGCCACUCUGACCCCUGGACCCAAACGGCUCUAUAACUUCUUUGGGAUUAUCAAUCAGACUCAGAUGGACAUGUUGGCCACCUUUAGAGAGGAGAGUCUGAGCAGUAACAAGUCCAUCUGGUUUGGACAUUAUACCACAUCUACAGUCAUCUCCCCCUUCCCGGGAAUCCGAGAGCUCAUGAGUACAGCCGUGGCGUAUUUGUGUGGGCACCUACAUACACUAGGAGGCUUCAUGCCGGUACUGCACAGUCGACAUCAAGGAGGCACACUGGAGUUAGAGCUGGGAGACUGGAUGGUAAACCGCAGGUAUAGGAUAUUGGCUUUCGACCAUGACCUGCUUAGUUUCACUGACGUGACUUUUGAAGACUGGCCAGCUGUGUUGAUCACCAAUCCCAAAGAUGCCCAGUACCUGCACCCAGGAGUGGAGCCUCUGGGUCGUAUCGGCAGUUCAACGCACAUCAGGCUCCUGGCUUUCUCUGAAUCUCCAAUCGCAGCUGUGCAUGUGAGUGUGGAUGGAGUUUCACUGGGGAAAGCAUUUAGCGCAGGGGGUCCUUUAUACGUGCUGCAAUGGGAUCCAAUGCUGUAUGCUACUGGACUGCACACUAUCAGAGUUAAAGUGGAGGACUCGGCAGGUCGCUCAAAAGUGCGAGAGCAGCAGUUCACACUGGAGGAAGACCUCGCUCCCAGCUUCGGCUUCAUGCAGUCCUUCAUCCUCCUCACAGACCACUACAUACUGGCACGGAUUGCCUUUGUGGUGAUAGUAUUACUAAACCUUGCAGGGCUUGUGCUCUUCAGAUUUAUGCCUGUAUCUUCAACAAGAGGACUGUCUUCUCAAGCGUGGAUGUCCCUGCAUCUUGUCAGUAAGAGCAACGUGUUCUUCUACUCUCUGCUGCUGUUCAACCUGUGUACAGCAUUAGGUCCAUGGUUCAUUGGGGAAGUCAUUGAUGGACACAAUGGAGCCUGCUUUGCUUUUGGCGUGUUUGUGGAUGGGCAUUUCGUCGAAGGAAGUCUGACCUAUGUCGUGGGAGUCAUACAGGUGCUCUUCUUCAAUAUGCCUCUCACUUAUUACCUCUGCUGGAGUCUUCACCACAGGUGUCGCGGCACCAGCUUCCGCUCGCAUUUCUGCCGGCCGGGCAGCAACUGGAGGACCCUGGCGAUGCACAUAGGCAUGCUGGUCCUCAUGAUCUGGCAGGCCUAUUCUUGCUACUUCCUGCUGGAGACCUUUGGGGCGCUGGCUUUCUUCCUGUCUCCCGUACGUACUUGGGCUCUGCUCAUGGGCCUGCUGUUGGUGUACAGGGCAUGGUGGGGAACGCCUCCUAGUUUCUCCACUGGCAGCAAAACCAACUUGCAGUUGUGACAGGCCUUCACCUGUAUCAUUGUGACGGACAUUAUUUUGUGCCAAGUUCCUCCCUCCUUUCACCACUGUCUUCACAGUCACCGAAUUGCCAAUCGUUCCCAUGAUGCGUUAGAAAUAGAAAAAAUAGUCUUUAGUAAAUAUGAAGCAAUGAUAGCAUCACAUGUGGAUGACGGAGCCAUUGCAAACCUGAUUCUGAUUCUCCUUUGACACAAAGACACGUUGGUAGUUUUUAUAGUCAGUUCUCACUGUUGUGAACCCAAGCAGUGUUGAAGUCCAGAUGUGUGUAGUUACAGUUAGCAUACCUGUUACUUUGAUAAACUGCGCAUUGUUUUAAUGCAUAUGAACUAUGCAUGUGAAGAGAGGAUGAUAUCACCAAAUUUGCUUACACCUGUAAACGAGGUAUAAAAUGUAAAGGAUAAUUUAAGGGAUGAAGCUGGUCAUUAUCGACAACUAUAUGUUAUUUCGUUAUUUUCUCCACCUAUGAAAAUAGUUCCAAAAGAUGCCAAAGCAUCAAGCUUUGCAUGUCACCAAGCAACACAUAGAUUUGAAAUGUGUAUGUGAGCGUAAUGGUACACUGCUCAGUCAUUCAGAUUAGACCAGGGGUGUCCAAUCUUGCUUUUGAAGGGCCAAUAUCUUGCAGAGUUGCCCGGACAUUUCUAGUGAGUCUCUGAAGACCCUGAUUACUUUGGCUCAGGUGUGUUAAAUUAGAGUUGGACCUAAACGCUGCAGGACAGUGCUGAAUUUGACACCCCUGGAUUAGAUGAUCAGAGCUAUAAUGACCAGAUCACUUAUUCCACUUAUUAAACCACUAAUUAACAUAUUGACAUGAAAUUGCCUUGGACAAUGUUAAAUUGUAUAGUUUAGCAGUCAAGUUGAGAAUUAAAGGGAUAGUUCACCCAAAAUUGAAAAUUCUGUCAUCAGUUACUCACCCUUGUGUACUUCCAAACCUGUAGGAGUUUAGGUCAUCUGGUUUUUUUUUCGUUCAUUUUUUUGGAAUGAACUUUCAACGAAGGGACCGAAAUCUUUAUUUGUGUUUCAAAGAUGAAUGAAUGUCUAACGGGUUUGGAACGACAUGAGGCCGAGCAACUGAUGACUUAUAUAGUAUUUAAACUAGAGUAAACUAACCCUUUAAGUAUUUCAAAGAGCUGUGUAAUACGUUUUGGUAUGGAACACAAAGUUGGCCUCUUCCCUGCCCUGCUGUAAGAUUUAUCCUUUGUCCUACAGUGUAAGAACUUGAUUUUGAACAACAAUUUACUCUGUAAACUGAUUAUACUUAUUGAAAUACAUAUUCCAAAAGACUCUAAUCUCAAUGGAUGAAACCACUAUAUUUAUACAGAAGAGCAUGAAUGUAGAACAUUUUUGUUGCUCUAUGGUUAAUAGUUAAUACACUUAAUAAUAGCCACUUAACUAAAGCCAGACAUUUUGGACUGCUAAAGGGAAAAUCCCAAUGUAGUGUAUAGAAUAGAACACCAAACACAUGGAAACAAUCAGAUGUGCAGAAUUCAGUUAACAAGUUUAUUAGAGAAACGCUGUGAAGCAGCUCUUUUAUAGUUUUGCACAGUUGCAGACCGCACAAACAAGCUAAGGACAAUGGCCAUGUUGUGGGAAAAUCAGCUAGUUUGGAUAAAGAAACCGAGUUGUCAUCGAAGUCUGUCUUUUUUGCCCUCAUAAUCCACUUGAGAGGUGACGGAAAGAGCUGUGACAACAUUCUGUUGCUUCAGCUCACUGUUGUCUCUCAGGAAAGUAAAGACUUGAACAAUAGGCUGCUCUAGUUUAUCUUUCAUUUUUACACUUUUAGAAGAUUCUACAUUAAGUCAGUUUGUUAAUCUAGAUUUGUGGUGAACCAAUAGGACUUUGAAUGUUUGAUGAUGGAAUAUCUGCUUAAUGUGAUUAGGUUUCUAUAAAUAUUUUAUUGUAUUCAUCCACAUUGAUAUUGUAAUGUAUAUUCCUUCCAGUUGUUCUGCACUGUUUUCUGGGCAUUCUCAGUUUCUGUGGUCACGUGGCUUUUGUAGUUCCACUCAUGACAGAAAGUGCUGUUCACAUUUGUUUUAUGGAAGGCACAAAAUCAGUGAAAUAUUAAUACGUAUUUACUUGGGAUUUGACAAUGUUGUUUGUGUUUUUCCACAUGAAACAAUCUCAAUUUAUAUUUGUCAUGUUUCUGCAACUCUGAAUCAUCUUGCAUUGGAAUUGAAUUAUCUGGCUGUAUUCAUGUACAGCAAAGUAAAGGGGUUUCAUAUUGUGA